UUCCUUCUUUCCUCGUCCAUUUCCCUUCUUCCCAAACUCUAAAAAGGGUCAUCGGAAUAUAAAGGUUAUAUAUUGCCAUUGCCAAUCCCAUAUAUUCUUCAAUUAGAAUGGGUAAUGUGGUGGAAUUGAAGGUGGGUUUGCAUUGUGAGGAAUGUAUUAAGAAAAUCUUGAAGGCCAUCAAGAAGAUGGACGAUAUUGAAACAUACAACGUCGAAACGCAGCUCAACAAGGUCACGGUGACCGGCAACAUUACUACGGAAGAAGUCAUCCGAGUUCUACAAAAGAUUGGCAAGUCCGCAAGCACUUGGGAAGGCGAUGAGAUAUCCUGUUGAUUGAUUCUCUACAUUUUUGUGAUGCCAUGGAUCCUGUUACCUUAACGUUACCUUAACUACUCAGCUUGUUGCGAUCGUACCAAAAUCAAAUCUGAACCAUAAAAUGUUUCAAACUGUUCGUGUGUAAAAGGGUAUGACUUUCAACAUCAAUACACUGCCAUCCCGCUUAUGUGCUAGUAUCUGUAUUAUGGAGGCUAUAUUCUAUAUAUACUUUUCUUUCAUCAUGGUAAGUUUCCAAUGUAUUGAUGAAUGGAAUAGCCUCGAUACAAAUU